GGUUAAAAUCAUCCGGAUCGUUGUAGCGGCAUCAGUCGUAUGCUGUGUAACUUAAAGUGUAGACGUUCGAAUUUUCGGAUCGGAUGCUUUCGAAAUCGGGCGGAUCUUUCUACUUUGAUUUAACAGAUGUGGAAGGGUAAAUGGAAGUGAAGACGGAGACUCAGGCCCGUUCUGUAGGGCCCGGAGGAGUUACAACGGGAACAGACUGUGCUGGUUGUCAAAAACCUAUUCGUGAACGAUACCUGUUGAAGGCUCUGGAUCAAUUCUGGCACGAGGAUUGCCUCAAGUGCGCUUGUUGCGACUGUAGAUUGGGAGAAGUGGGUAGCACACUCUUCACCAAAGCUAACCUCAUCCUUUGCAAGAGAGACUAUCUCAGGCUGUUUGGGACUACUGGUCUGUGUUCUGCUUGCAACAAAACCAUUCCUGCUUUCGAGAUGGUGAUGAGAGCUCGAGGAAAUGUCUAUCAUCUGGAGUGCUUUGCCUGUCAGCAAUGUAAUCACAGGUUUUGCGUGGGCGAUAGGUUCUACCUUUACGACAACAAAAUUUUGUGCGAAUAUGAUUACGAGGAGAGGAUCUUAUUCGCUUCCAUGCCGUACAGUUACAACAGUUUGGCCCAGAUCAAACGUCAGACGCAAGAGCUGGAAACCUCCCAUAAUCGAGAUGAUGGUUCCAGUGGUUAUGGAAGUGGAGAUUCACCUUAUGAUAACCGGUAACUGGGGGUAGACGUGGAGUUAAUUGCUAGUCAAUAACUGUAGCUUAAGAUUUGUCGGUUCGGAGGACCACAUUUAAAAAAACAAAAAAAAACAAAAAAAUGGACAUGCGUCCUUACUGAUUUGUACAUAUUGUGUGCCAUUAUUCAUUGGACGUAUGUAUUUAUGUAUGUAUGUAUGUAUGUAGUUGUAGAUCGGCAUUAAUAAAAUCCGGUUAAAUAGUGAUCGAGUAUGGUGUCAGAUUAUUUGAAAUAUUAAAAAAUAAAUAGACCGAACCGAAGCAAACAUAUUAAUUUUCAAUUAUAGAAGCAAUUUACUUUCAUACCUUCGUCCGGUUUGU